CCUCAACGGCGGCAACGUUGUCCGUGUCACGCCGCGCCGCGUCUGGGUCGCGUUUCUCAGUUCGCAGACUCAGACCAGUUGAGUAGUUUCGUUUAGUUUGCUCGUUUUCCGUUGUGAAUAUCGUUGGUAUCUCCACCGUGGUGUGCACUAGGCCAGACUUCGUGAAUUCGCUUCUCGUUUCCGCUGCCUGGUAGUUGCCAGGUCCCCGGCUCGUCACCAAGGGCGAAUUCGCCGCCCUUUCGCGAUGGCCAUCUCCAAACAGCAACAGCAAAAUGAUGAAAAAGACAACGGGGGCGAAUUUCAGUUCUAUACACCUGAGCAGCUCACAAGAUGGGAAAAGUUCCGCAGGGCGAUCUACGAUCCUCAAAACAAUCAGAUCUUAGGCAGGACGCCCAAAAGUUGGGGUCAACUCUUCCUCUUCUACAGUAUUUUCUACAUGGUGCUAGCUGCACUAUUCGCCAUCUGCAUGCAAGGCCUGUUCGCCACGUUGGACGAUAACCAACCAACUUGGACCAUGGAAAACAGCCUGAUAGGUGUAAACCCGGGUCUAGGCUUCAGACCCAUCUCGCCCAGAACGGAAGAGGGGUCCCUCAUCUGGUAUAACAUCACCAAUCAAACGACGAUUAACAAAUGGGUCAAGUUGGCAGAUGAAUUCUUGAAGCCAUACAAAGAACCACAGACAGGGGAAAAUUUCGUAAACUGCAACUUUGACAAGCCGCCUGGUCCAAACCAGGUCUGCAUCACCUCAGUGAACCAAUUGGGAAACUGCCAUCCAAGCAAGAAAUACGGAUUCAAUUCCUCGUCCCCAUGCGUAUUUCUCAAGCUAAAUAGGAUAUAUGGAUGGAAACCUGAUUUUUAUACAACUCCCUUGGAAGACAUGCCUGAUGGUUUGAAGCAACACAUAAAAACAAGACAAGGUGAGGAGAAGAAGCAAAUAUGGGUGACUUGCAAUGGCAUAAACGAUUUUGACAAGGAGAACAUCAGAGGAUUCAACUACCAUCCCAGGGGAUUCGCGUCGUAUUAUUAUCCCUACAAAAACCCGAAAAACUACCUCAGUCCGAUCAUUGGUGUGGAAAUCGUCAAUAUCACACCAAACGUGAUCGUUAACAUCGAAUGCCGUGCCUGGGCCAAGAACAUAAUAUACAGGGGUGGCUCAUUGAACAGGGCCGGUUCAGUCACUUUCGAAGUGCAAGUGGACAGUGAGUACAAACCAGCGUAAUACAAACAUGAACGAUUAUUAUUGUUUGGUUGAUUAACUUUUCAAUUUUUACAAUCAUUGAACAAAAUGUACUUAUUAUUGUAAUUGUGAAUCAUUGUCACAGUGAUGGUUAUUCGGAGACUGCGUAUUUUUUUACAAUUUUGACUGAUCAAAUGUGAAUCUUAGAAAUAAGAAAUCGAAACCGAAAAAGUCAGUAUCAUAGAGCAAUCAAUUUAUAAACUCUGACGCAUAACCUAACCCAAAAAUGCACUCUUUUUCACAUAUUAGACCAAACUUGUCUGUAGAUCAUUCUGGUUGACAGACAAGAGGUACUAGUAUUUCUUUUUUUGUGGUCCGUUUGUGAUUUGAAUUUUGCAAAAAUUCAUUAUGCAAAUGAUCUGAUAUUUUUUAUUAUUUAGAUUUACAAAGUAAAAUAUAGUAAAUAAUCUCAAGCGAACCCACGCCGAUUACAAAAGCAAAAAAAUAUAUGUCAAUGUCAAACAGGGAGAAAAGCACGCGGAAAAAACUUCGCCAAGUCUAGCGUCAACGUUGUGGACUUACGUUGGGGAACUCCUGUUUAUAAACAGUUUAACGUCAAGCGCAUGAUUUAGGUUCUGCUUCACGGGAACGGUACGGCAGUGUUUAUAAAUUGUCAUUUAUGGGGAUUUUUAAAGAUUUUCAUUUCAACAGAUUAAUUGAAAUAUUUGCUUUCAAAAAGAUGAAAAAAAAUUCAAAUCAUAUUUAAUUAUAUUUUUUAAACAUAACUAGAUUUACAUUGUUUAUUAAACAGAUAUACGGUUCUCCGAAUAAUCUCUGGUGCGCAAAUACGUACUUAUUUUCUGUUGUUAAUUUAUUUCUACUUAUAACCAAAACGGUUGUGUUUUUAUUAUUUUUUUUUUCUGUUGUUGUGUGUGUUUAACACGCGUUGCAUAGUUUGUAAAACCGAUUUAAUGUGUGAUAAGACGCAUUUUAGAAAUAUAGUGACUACUAUUUAUAUUAAGAUGUGUUUUAUAAUGUAAUGCUUUUUUGAUAUCAUAAUUCGCUUCUCUUCAAUUCAACUAUGGUUUGUAAAUAAACUGUAAAAAGGAAGCUAAAUGAGAGGAUGUAUUUACAGUGGCGGUACGACAGUUGGUAUAUAUUUCUUUCGAAUAUUAUUAAAUAAGGAAGAACGAGCAAUAGUUCAAGUUGAACAGGUUGUUCGAAUUUGUAAUACGGUGAGACUUCAGAGUAAAUUGUUCCAAGGGGCAACGUAACUAAGAAAUGAAAUUUAAAGCAAACAUGUAUUCCAAAACCGCAUUAGCAGUGGCUGUUGACGAUGAUGAUAAUAAUGAUGAUGGUGAUUGUGUCAAGCGUUAGCUUUAGGUGAGGCUGCCCCGGAAUUGGCCUGUUAGACAAAUUUGUCUGGCUAUUCAUUCUCGAAUAAUAAAUAAUAAUAACUAACACAGUAAAGUAGAAUCUUCUGGACGAUGCGAUCCAAUCACGACCAAUCUUUUUCACUGGCAUUGUUAUUGUUCUUAAGGUGUCGAGAAUGUAGAACCAUAUUCCAACACAACCUUACUAAAUUCUAGUAAAAUUAGGCAGUUAGAAAAUUGGUUUAACAAGAUGUUUAACCUUCUUAGAGUAUCCGUGGUACCUCGAUGUUUAGGCUCUGCCUCCGCGACUGUUUUAGUAUACGGAACGACGACUUUAAUGCUCGUUCUUCCUUUCCAGUUUAUCUGAUAUCUGUUUCGUUAGACAUUUUUCUGAUCCUCAGUAUGAAAUUAAAAAACUGCCAUAAUGAAUAGCCUUAUGUAAUACUGUAUUCAAUAAAAAUAGGUCUACUCGUAGUUUCGAAUCCCAAAAUAUACUGUAGGUACUUAUCGUGAGGAAAGCUGUACUUUACGAGCAGCCCAUUGGAAAUAAAAGUCUCGCCUCGUGUGUGGGUUCUAAAUCCAAAUGCAUUUUAUAUUCAAGCGUUGAACACAAUUUGGCAUAUGCCGAGAAUUUCAGAAGAGAAAAAAAUAUUUCUGAAGUUAUGAGAUGGGUUGUAAAGUUAGAGCUUUCGUAAAAAUACGCCAUAUGCCGUGCGAUUGUAGAAUACAGGAUAAUAUUUUCAAUAUAUUGUAUGGUUUACUGAUACUGAUACUGUGCGUCAUAUGCCGGCACCAAUAUCAAAAAUUUAUUGGAAUAGAAACAGUCUGCAAUGUUUUGUGCAACAUGUAACGGACGUUUGUUGGAAAGUAAACAACCUGCAACAUGUGGUGAUACACGUGCUGGCGAACGUACGUUUUCAUUAGUGCAAAUUUCUGCAAUAUGUUGUGCAACAUGUGUCGAUACAUGUGUCUGCAAUUUUUAGAGUGAAAACGUACUUUCAUAUGGAAGAAAAUAACUAAUGGCGCAGUGGUUCAAUACCAAGACGUUUACAUGACAUAUUGAUCACUAUAGCUUUCUUGAUCGUAUGCAAUGCAUUUUAAAAAUUGUUUCAUCAUCUAUAUGUCUUUUAGGACAAUAAAGUUUUUUUAAACUUAA